CGAGUGGAAGGUAACUGUGGAUAGCAAAAGUAGCGGGAGUUGUGAGUUGUGUUGGGACAAAGCUCUCUCCGGCAGCAAGGCUUAAACGAUGCUGCUUUCUGCUGCUGUUUUCGGCGAUCCCCUGACCUCGAUUAUCUCUGCCAUACUGCCGGUUAAAAACAUCACUUCUGUUAGAUUCCAGAAUCGGCCCGUAUCCCUACGCCUACGAUUCUCCCUCUCUGCAACCAACUCCGUCAGCAAUGACAUUACAGACGACAGAAACAAACACUCGAUUCACCUUGAUAGCCUCAGAGCGCUGGAAUGGGAUAAACUCUGCGAUUCCGUUGCUUCAUUUGCCCGCACUUCUCUGGGCCGUCAAGCAAUCAAGGCCCAACUUUGGUCUUUGAACCGGACAUAUGAAGAAAGUUUGAGACUUCUGAAUGAGACUAAUGCGGCUGUAGAAAUGCAGAAGCAUGGUGGAUGCAGUUUGGAUUUAAGUGGCAUCGACCUUCUUCUGGUGAAAUCUGCAAUAGAACAUGCUCAAAGAAGUCUGCCAAUGGAUGGAAAUGAAGCAAGGGCUGUUGCAGCUCUUCUACAGUUUUCUGAUAUGUUGCAAUUUAAUUUAAAAACUGCAAUCGAAGAGGAUGCAGACUGGUUCACCCGUUUUAUGCCCCUAACGGAAGUGGUAAUGGGAAUGGUUGUAAAUCAAUCACUGAUUAAACUGAUACUGAAAGUUGUAGAUGAAGAUGGCUCAGUUAAAGAUUCUGCGAGUUAUGCCUUGAGACAAUCCCGAGAUCAAGUUCGAACGCUUGAAAAAAAGUUAUAUCAGUUAAUGGACAGCCUAGUUAGGAAUGCAAAGAGUGGAACAUCCUUUUUGGAAGUGGGAAAUGUUGAUGGAAGGUGGUGUAUAAAAUCAGAGGGUAAUCAAUUGAUGGACUUUAAGGGUCUCCUGCUGUCCAGUGCUGCAGGAGGGAUUGGUACCAUCCUAGAGCCACUCUCUGCUGUUCCUUUAAACGAUGAGUUGCAACAGGCAAGGGCAUCAGUGGCAAAAGCUGAGGAAGAUGUUCUCUUUAUGCUAAGUGAAAAAGUGAAAAUGGAUCUUGAAGACAUUGAGAAACUCAUUGACUGUAUAAUCAAAUUAGAUAUGGUCAAUGCGCGAGCAUCUUAUGGUCUUUCAAUUGGGGGGACAUGUCCCGAUAUAAUUCUACCAGAAGGGUGCAAAUCUCCCAUUGCUAAUAACUGCUCGGGGGACUCAAUAUCUGAGGCAUCAUGCCUAAAGAAGAGCGAAUGGGUGCUCUAUUUACCUAAUGCUCUUCACCCUUUACUACUCCAGCAAUAUAGAGAAAAUUUGAAGAAUGCCAAAAGGGAUGUCAGAAAUGCUUUUGAUGAGAUAGGGAGAAAACUUCCUGGGGGGAAUACGUCAAGGAAAGAAAAAAAAGAUGUAGAUAUUUCAUUCUUAAAAAUGAAGGUUGAGGAAUUGGAGCAAGCUCAUCUAGUUCCGGUUGAUUUUUCAAUAUCUCAAAGAAUUCGAGUUUUGGUUAUAACUGGUCCUAAUACUGGGGGUAAGACAGUUUGCCUGAAGACCAUUGGAUUGGCUGCCAUGAUGGCAAAAUCAGGGCUUCAUGUUUUGGCUUCAGAAUCUGUACAAAUCCCUUGGUUUGAUUCUGUUUUUGCUGAUAUCGGUGAUGAACAGUCUCUAACCCAAUCUUUGUCUACCUUUUCUGGCCAUUUGAAAAAAAUAAGUGAGAUUCAGUCAGUUUCAACUAGUCAGUCGUUGGUACUACUGGAUGAAGUUGGUGCAGGAACCAAUCCUAUGGAAGGAGCCGCACUUGGGAUGUCACUCCUGGAAUCUUUUGCUAAAUCUGGUGCUUCAUUGACAAUCGCAACUACACAUCAUGGAGAACUGAAAACCCUAAAAUAUAGCAAUGAGGUGUUUGAAAAUGCGUGUAUGGAAUUUGAUGAGGUGAACUUAAAGCCAACUUACAAGAUUCUUUGGGGAGUACCAGGGCGUUCAAAUGCUAUUAAUAUAGCUGAAAGGUUAGGGUUGCCUGGUACUGUUGUAGAUGAUGCUCGGGAGCAUUAUGGUGCAGCAAGUGCACAGAUAGAUGAGGUCAUAAUCGAUAUGGAAUGUAUCAAGAAAAAUUAUGAGGAGCUCUUACAAGAAGCUCAAGAUCACUUGAUGUACUCAAAAAAUCUUUAUGAAAAGAUGUUGCUUGCUAGAAAAAAGAUUAUUAAACAUGCCAGAGAACAGAGGCUUAUAAAAGUGCAAGAGGUAUCUAAGGCUGCAGCAACAGCUCGUUCUAAUCUUCACAAAAAAGUACGAGAACUGCGUGCAUCUGCAAUUGAAUCCUCCCCGCCCACUGCCAUUCGUAGUAGGCAACGUGUAGGAAUGAGCUCUAAUAAGCUAGCUACAGAUGGCAAAAAGAACCUAACGGCAUUAUAUUCGCGUAUUUCUUCAACUGGUCACAUCAGUCAACCACGAUCAGGGAAGCUUGAGUUUCCCACUGUUGGUGAUACUGUGUACGUUUCUUCCCUUGGAAAAGAAGCGACAGUUUUAAGCGUAGAGCCAUCAAAAGACGAAAUGGUUGUUCAAGUUGGUAGCAUCAAGUUGAAGCUGAAGUUCACUGACAUGAGAUAAUCAUCCAGGAGCCAUGCACAUAUCUACGGUAUACGUUAAUCUGUGAAUUUAACCGACGUACUAUCUCUGUUCUCUUUGCUAUUCAUGAUAGGAAUUAUUUACCCGGAAGAUUGAUGCGUAAAAACAUUACUGUAGACCAAAUUAUUUGAGUGAUUCUAUGUGGGAAAAUACAAUCCAAAUAUUAUUCCUGUACAAUGUAAACUCAGAGGUCAUCUUUGAAAGAUGUAUAAACAGAAACGUGCAGUAUUGUGCUGGUUUCAACU